GCAGAUUUUCCCCUGUUCCUUGUAGUGAUAGCAAAUUAUAUUCCCCCCUUUCCCGUCAUUCUCAUCCUGUCGAUGCAUAGUUCGUAUAAUGGAGAGCGUCGCAGAGAAUGUGGUACGUCUUCUCGAUGGGCAAGCUGUCGAAGAAAGCAAGGAAUUCUGUGAUUUUAGUCUACACGACCAGAACAGUAUCUUGGCAUCUCGUGGGAUUAGCUCUACGGUUCCCGACUCUUUCAAACCUGUUCUCAAGAAAUCUGUUGUGUAUAUCGUUAUGGCGACAUUGAUAAAUGAUGACGGCGACAUUCUAAUGAUGCAAGAAGCCAAAAGUCGCUGUGCCGGUCAAUGGUAUCUGCCUGCUGGUCGUAUGGAACCCGGAGAAUCUAUUGUUGAUGCUGUUAAGCGUGAAGUUAAUGAAGAAACUGGACUUACUUUUGAUCCAACGACGCUUCUGAUGAUCGAAUGUGCCGCCGGUUCCUGGUUUCGAUUUGCCUUGACUGGAAAAGUCACAGGAGGAGAACUGAAGGUACCAGCGAAAGCUGAUUCCGAAUCACUCCAAGCCAAAUUCGUGAAAGACCUUGGCGAAUUAAGUUUGCGUUCCGGUGAUAUGACCGUUUGUGUGGAUAAAGUUCGGGAGCAUCAUACGAAUUCCGCAGCGGCAUGGCAUCCUGAUCUUUUACCGAUUGCAAAAAUGCACACUAUGAAUCUCUUGCGAAUUUUGUGCAUUGUUAGGAAAAAGUCGACGAACAAAGUUCACGUUCUUGUGUCGGAAAAAACUGAAGCUCACAUUCCCGCCUGCGAAAUCAAUCCAACUCGAAGUCUGCAUGCGACCUUGAAGAAGUACAUGACCGAAAUCUUUGGAUCAACAUUACCGCCACACAAGCCUCAUGGUGUUCUUACCUUGGAACAUCAACCCGGAGACGUAGACAAUGCUGAUGCCGUGGAUGGAUUGUGUCUGACAUUGCUUGUAUCCAUCCGCUGCGCCCUAGAAGAAGCUCAUCCGAUUGACAAAUAUACCUGGCUCGAAGUUCCGGAUGCUCUAGGAAAGCGUUUGUUACGUCGUUUGGACCGCAAUCUGACUGUCCCUCUCAACGUCAUACGGACGUGGGAGUCGGAUGCGUGAACAUCCCGACGUCAUUGUUUUUAUGUGCAAAAGGUCGGUUUUUGAUAACCAUGUAAUGGAAAUUUACAUGCAUCAAGACGUAAUCAAGAAAACGUCAGGAACGACGGCAACUACUUCCAUUGUAUGGAAAACCAAAAAGUAUUGUUGAAUAUUAUUUGACGUGCAUUGAAUUUCGGUUGUUGGGAACUUAUUCGGGAAAGCCUCGACGCGAUCGUGAACGAAUUUAUGAGCGUGAUACGUAUAGAGCAAACAUGGAACCUGUGAAUAUUG